GUCAGGCGGCCGCAGCCCGGCCCCGAGCGCGGCCCCGCCCCGGCGGCGCUGCCCGGCCGGUUCCACAAGUUUUUGACAGUUUCUGCGCGGCGCAGGGAGCAGCCGGGGCGGCGGCGGCCGCGCUCUGCUGAGGACGGAGCUCGCCCCGCCGGCCGGCCGCGCGGCCACCAUGUCGCGGAACCCCGAGGAGGUGAACAGGCUCACGGAGAGCACCUACCGGAAUGUUAUGGAACAGUUCAAUCCAGGACUGAGGAAUUUAAUAAACCUGGGGAAGAACUAUGAAAAAGCUGUUAAUGCUAUGAUAGUGGCUGGAAGAGCAUAUUAUGAUAGCCUUGCAAAGAUUGGAGAUAUAUCAGCUGAUUCUCCAGUUUCUAAAGAAUUAGGCCAAGUUCUUGUAGAAAUUUCAAGAACACACAAGAAACUUAAUGACUGUCUAGAGGAAAGUUUCAAAAAAUUUCAUAAAGAAAUUAUAUCUGAACUGGAGAAGAAAACAGAACUGGAUGUAAAAUACAUGAAUGCAACUUUAAAGAGGUACCAAACCGAACACAGAAGCAAAUUAGAUUCUUUAGAGAAGUCUCAGGCUGAGCUAAAAAAAAUCAGAAGGAAAAGUCAAGGAGCACGAAAUGCGAUGAAAUAUGAGCAUAAAGAAAUGGAGUAUGUGGAAACUGUGAGCUCUCGACAGAGUGAUAUUCAGAGAUUUAUUGCAGAAGGCUGCAGAGAAGCUCUCCUUGAAGAAAAAAGAAGAUUCUGUUUUCUGGUGGAUAAACACUGCGGUUUUACUCAGCACAUGAACUUCUAUCACGUGCAGUGUGCAGACUUCCUCAACUCUAAGCUGCCCGGGUGGCAGGAAAUCUGUAGUGAUGCCACAAAAGUGCCUGAAAAAGUUAAAAUUAUGAUAGAUGAAAUAAGGACACCUGGUUCCACUCCAAUAUCAGGAACUCCACAGCCUUCACCAAUGAUAGAGAGAAAUACCAUGAUUGGAAGCGAUUUUUAUCCUCAACAUGAAAAUGCAUCAAAAGUGCCCCCUGCUCCUACAGGUAGGGCAUACACCAGUCCGCUAGUUGAUAUGUUUAACAAUCCUGCAGCGGUUUCGAAGGUACCUUCCGAAAGACUAAAUAAUUCAGCAGAGAAUUCAGAUGAUGCCAGUUUAUCACGUUCAACCUCUGUCGCCACAGGACUGAAUAUAAUGAAAAGACAAAAAGUAAAGACAAUCUUCCCACAUACUGCUGGAAAUAACAAGACGUUACUUAGCUUUGCACAGGGGGAUAUCAUCACGCUGCUUGUAGCUGAAGAAAAGGACGGAUGGCUUUACGGGGAACAUGACUCAACUAAAGUGAAAGGAUGGUUUCCAUCUUCAUAUACCAAACCACUAGAAGAACUGGCGGAAGAAAAAGCAUUUGUCCCAGUGCCAAGCCCUGCACCAAUCAGAAGUGUUAGUUCUGUAAAUCUUGCAGAAAAAGGUGGUGUCGUCCUCCCACCGCCAGACUAUCUGGGAUCCUUGCAAACAGGUUCAACAUCAGACAAGAGAAUGGAGCCUUCCAAAGCUGCUGCUGUUAAAACACCAGCCGACAGACCAGAAAGUGUGGGUCCUAAACCUGACAUGAAUGGCAUUAUAAAACCACCUUUUCUAAGUGGAGAAAAUCCCUUUGCCACCGUGAAACUCAGACCAACCGUAACAAAUGACAGAUCAGCACCAAUUAUUCGAUGAAAAUAAUACUCACCUGACUGUACCUCCUCCUUCUAAACAUUUUCAGUAAUGACAACUGCUAUCUAAAGCUGUUCUAAAAACGUAUUUAAAUGUAAUUACUGUACAGUAGAAUCAUGCUGGAGUGGAUUUCUGAUUUUUAAAAACCUGUACUUUCUAAUGAGGUAACUGCUUUGGGCAAACCUUUGAGCAUUUUGGCUUGAUUUUGCAGUAUGCCAUUUUUGUAGUGUGACAGAAUUGUGAAAAUACUGGAGAUAGCUUGGAUACUUUAGUAUGCCAGCUUAAUUAAUAGCUCGCAACAAUCAGUCUUUGGCAUUCAUUGUUUGGAAACUGCAAUAGUAAGUUCUAGAAUAUGUCUGCAUAUGCCACUUAAACUGAUUUUUUUUCCCAAAUAAAACAAUAUAACAACUGCCUUAAUACUCCAGAAUAGAGAAUUGUCUGUAUAAAGUGAUUAUAUUUCAUUAUUUUUCUUUAAGACAGACACCCUAGCUUAUAAAUAAAUAUUUAUCCUCUAAGAAUAGGCAUGUUUGUAAUGCUUUGCUUCAUGUUUACAGAUACAAAUUUUUAAAUGUUAACACAAACCUAUAUUUAAAGUCAAAUGUUGCACUGUAAGCACAUUCUUCAAUUAUAACUUCCUUAAAACACUUUGUCAAACUUUAGUCUUAUAAAAAAUAUCAUAAUAAAAUAGUGCCAUGAUUUUUCUUCAAAUGCUAACAUAAAAAGCUGCCUUUGAAGUUACUACAUUACUGCAGCCCUUCACAAGAGACAGAAGAGAUAAAGGUUUUCAAGUUUUUUUGGUUAAGGAGCCAAGCAAUGGCAUUGAUGCUGGCAGGGUAUCAUAUCUUAGUUAAGUGAAAUACAGCUUUUUAGAGUGCAUAGCUCUGGACCUGAAGUUGUUACCUCAGGCUCUGAUCUCCUAAAUCACAGAGUUAGUUUGAGAGAUUUUUGCUACUGUAAUAAUCUUGGAAACUGACUCCUCAUGCUGCAUCAGUGUAUCCUACCUACUGUGUAAAGUCCAUGUCUUUUGAGCAUCUCUAGUCAUUAAUCCUGACUCAGUAUCAGAACUGCUACAUUCCACCUUGCAUAGGUACAUUCCCCCCUGCAGCAGCUCCUGGAUAGUUGGUUUGUUGUGUCAUGCUUCUGCUACUCUAAACAGUGAAUUCAAGUCACGGUAAAUGCAUUUCAGUUACUUAGCAUCCCAAAACAGUAUAGGAGCAUGUGAUAGCUGCAGGGGAAGAGUGCACUCAUUCCAUCUCCUCUCACUCUGUCUUUCAAGAUCAAGGCUGAGGAUACUUCAUGUGCUAUGUCAUCUUGCACAAUGAUCUUUCAUUGUAUUUCAAAACACUAACAGUUUAGGAGUGCAAUUUAUACUCAAGCCAGUUUCCUAAAACAUGAAUUAGAGGCAAAUCCAACUAUACUGUAUCAACCUUCAACAGUUCAGUAGUAGAAUUAGUUAUUUUGACAUGCAAAAGUAUCUUUAUCUGCUGGAAGCUAGUAUUUGGCAAUGCCACAGCUCUCUAGGUAAGUGCUCCCUGCUACACCGUCAGAAAUUGCUGUUGGCUGUAGUACUGGUAUUAAUUCACACAGUGUUGGGAAGCUUCUGCUGUAGCACAUGGAUCUGCUACUGCAACCCCCUGGGGUAGUGGUUGUCACUAUAAGCAAACAUUUCACUAAUUAAUACAGUUACAGCUAAAUUCUUCAGAAGAGGGAGAGGAUAUAUUUUACCAUGUCUAUUAAGAUAUGGCACAGAGCUGUUAAAACUUUUUUCUCAAAAAGGUGUAGAGUAAAGAGACAGGUAGAUUAAACACAGCCCUUAAAUAUAUGCCAUAAGGAUUCUGACAAAUACUCAUCCUACUUUGUAGCUAAAAUUACUAACUUCAGACUAUGUGUUAUCAGAUACAAGCUAGUCACAUACUUAAUCUGGCCACAAGCUAGUCACAUACUUAAUAAUCUGGCCACAAGUUGAGGAUUGCAAAAAGAAAAGCAGUUUUAUUUAGUUUUCAAGAGGUGUCACUAAACAUGGAAAACAAGUUGGGUUUUCAUGUUUUGCAAUGCACAUGCUUGUAAAAGAUUAAGUUUAAAUUACAUGCAAGAGACUAAAUUUCUUCACACUUUACAAAACAGGUCUGAAGCAAAUAAAAUGAUUGUACAUGACAUUUACAUUAGAAAGAGUAUGCUAACGGUUGUAGCUUCCAUAAGCACGUCCACAUUCAUCCCCUUAGCCAAAAGCUGCCCCACAAUUAGGGCAUCUUCGCUGUCUCAGUGCAAGACAGAACAGAAUCCCAAUUGGAAAGAAUACAAUGGCACACAAAACACCGAGACAGGUGAAGGUGUCCUCCAACACGCCAACCCUGCAAAAAUGGAAAACAGACUAAGUCAAGGGCAUCCACAUUUGACCCAAAGUUACCACAUUGAUCUUGCAGUAGCUAAAAUGACACCAUCUUAGCUUUUAGAAAGCAAGAUGACAUUCAAGGAGUUUUCCUUUUAAAAGGCUCUUAUUUUCAUGGUUUGCAGCAGAAGGCUUUGAAUUGCAUUUUUU